AUGGCGUACUCAGGACGCCCGACCUCUAUGAUGCCUGGGCUUCGGCCGGGCUCCCAACCCUCUUCGGCAUUGACGACGCGCAUUGCGGCUAAGAAAGCCGAGCUCGAGAAUCUUCGACAGCUACGUGAUUUGAGUGGUACUCUUGCAAUUCAAAUGGAGGCACUGGAAAGCAAGAUUGCCACGUUGAAAGAUGGCACUGAAGCCGUAGCAUGCGUUCUUGCUAAUUGGGACAAUGUCCUCCGUGCUAUCACUCUUGCCUCCACCAAAGCUAGUGGACUUGAUAGCGUUGAUAACGAACGCCUACCAGCCACAUUGGUUCGCAUUCCUACCGAGUCACGACAAGGCGAAUGA